AUGGAAACAAGUGUACCACCAGCGCCUCCGGUUAGUUUUUUUUGGGAGAAUUUCUUGGAUCAGAAGGUUCUAGGGAAAGUUUGGGGUACUGUACCUAAUUUCAGAUGAGGUUGUUAUUUUUAGAAUUCUGAACUCAUAGCAUGGAAAUCUCCUGAACUUGAGAUUCAAAUGUUAUAAAAUCUCCGGUUCAAAUGUUAUAAAAUCUCCGGAACCUCACUGUUGAAUCGGAAUUCAAAAAUAUUCUUACUGAAUUUUAAUUACAGUCACAUUUUUCUGGAAUUUUUCCCAUAACCUUGCUCUUUUAUUUUGCAGCGCUAUGAACCUGGCCAAGAAAAAUCGCCAUUUGUCACAGGAGAAUCAAAUGGUGGAUUCAUCGCCCCAGAAAAUGUUCAAAAAUGCACCAUCGAAUCGAAUUCUUGGAAAAAGAAUUUCAAGUUUGUGAAAGGUCGCGCGUUUUUGAAGAAUGUUGAGUGAGUUAUCUUAACUUUAUUAGAAUUAGAAAACUUAUUUUUUAUUUACAUACAUGAAAAAAAUUUUCAGUUGGAAAAAAGUGAUCAUCAUUCUGAUCCUAGUUAUUUUUGCAAUUUUCAUCUUCACAUUGUUUUAUGUUUUGGUUUCGACAUUUUUGCAAGAGCCAACACAUCAGCCGAUUUCAGAACAUCAGAUUAAAUUGUCGAGGAAUUUGGAUACAAAAUCUGCAGAGUCGUGAGUUUUGGAAUUUUCAGAAAAUUCUUUUCAAUUUUAUUUUAUUUUUUUGAAUUUGAAAUCCAGAUUAAUACAUUCCUGUUAUAAAAUAUAACUUAUUCAAUUCCUAGGACUCGCCGAAAACCAUUCAAACCCAUUGAACUUGUGGAAGCUGUGAUCAUUGAAACAUCAAGUUCGACAACAACAUCAACUACAGAAAUACCAUCAACAACAACCACAAUUGAUAUUGAAACAACGCAAGACAAGUUGCAUCCGAUGGAAUAUUUUGGGAAAAAUUUCGACAAAAAUCAUGCGCCGGUGAGGAUUUUUUGGGGGGACUUUGAUGUGUUAGAAAAAUUCUGAAGAUCACAAUUAUGAAGGGUGUUCGAGAAUUUUUUUGAUGAAUAUUUCAUCAGGGAACUUUUAGGGGCAAAUUAUCUUAGAUAUUUGUUUCAUUUCCAGGCGAAAAUUUUCGAAGAAAAAUUGAUUAGACAAUUUUGAACUUACGACAACUCCGACAAAAACUACGAAGAUCAGAAAAAUUUUUUAACACUGUCAGAUAAGAAAAAGAAGAAAAAUAAAUGAAUUCAUAAAAUAUAUGAGGAAUUUUGAAGAGCUGUGAAAACUACAGUAAUUCAUAAGAACUGCAAAGAGUACUGUACUUUUUCCAAUUCUAUAAAACUUCCCAAUUAUUGAAACCUUAUGAAAUGAAUUCUAGAAGCUAGAAAAGUAUAUGAGAAAAAAAUUCUGAAGCUUGAGUUCCAAGCUCAAUCAUUCUCCCCAAAAAAUUAUCAAAAUAUUUUCCAGGAUUGCCUUCAACACUUAGCAAGUGGAGCAGAAUCUGGUGUUUUCCCAAUUCAACGUGGCGAUGAUUAUCUUGCUGCCUAUUGUGAUAUGGAAAAAUCUGGCGGUGGAUGGACUGUUAUUCAAAGGUACAUACAUAGCUUAACUUUGCUUUUCAGCCCCCGAAAAAAAAUUUUCCAGAAGAACCAACAAAAACGAAGGCUUCUAUAAUCGAAAAUAUGUAGAAUAUAUCAAUGGAUUCGGCUCUCUUAACAAUUCUUUUUGGCUCGGCCUCAAAAAUAUUCACACACUUGCUCCAUCCACAGAACCUUAUGUGACUCUUCGAAUUGAACUUCAUGGAGAUUUGUGUUUGGGUCCAAAAUGUAAUGGUGAUCCAGAAGGUUUCUGGUAUGGAGAAUGGGAUUUUAGAGUGAGUUUUUUUUUUACUUUUUCUUUUUUGAAUGAAACUAGAUUUAAAAAUUGUGAUCUCAGAUUGGUGAUGAAAAAGAUGGCUAUGCUUUAGACAUCAGUCCAGCGACUAGAGGAAAUUUAUCGAUUGUUGGAAAUUAUACAGACGGAUUUUAUGCGAAAAGUAAUGGAAUGAAAUUUACGACAAUUGAUAAUGAUCAAGAUACUGAAAAUGCUUUCAAUUGUGCACAAUUCAGAAAUUUCGGGUUAGUUUGGAUUACUUACAUUUAGGAGUGAACUUCAGAGUUGAGCUAACUAAAUUUCGAUAAAAAAAUUGGGAUCAGCUUAAGAAAUUUGAAAAAAAAAACAUUUUUUCAGUGCUUGGUGGCAUAGUGAUUGCACAACAGCCGCCUUAAAUGGUUUAUACGGUGAUCGCAAAAACGCCGCGAGAUAUAUGAUGUGGAAAGUUGACGAGGGACGAGCAAAUGGUCGAAUUGGUCUCAAUUAUGUUAUACAUCCAAAAGAAUCUCUCAUGAUGAUCAGACCGAAAUAUUGA